AAUUUCCAGUAAGAUACUAAUUACUCACAUAAAAAUAAAAUUCUAACCUCGAUCAAGUUCUAUCAGUCUGUUGCAUAUUGGAAUGAGACCCAAUUGCGUUUUCUAUUUCUUCCAGCAAGUUACCCAGUUGUGAUGUUGAAGUGCCCCGACAGAACACACUUAGCAACAACUACAAGCAAAGAUGUUGAAGAGGAAUGUGCAACUGCAAGUACAACACUUACACUGCGAUUGUCGGCAAGAAAAAGAGCAUAGGCAAUCUGCCGUGCAGGCAGUAGGAUGCGUUGCCAAUCAUGACGUCAGCUUCUGGAAGUGACUAUUAAUGUUGGGAGAGAUUCUAAAACUAAAACACAGCUAUGUCCAUUUCCGCUAAAGAUUUGGAUCCAGCUUUUCAAGGAGCUGGACAAAAGGAAGGGUUAGAGAUUUGGCGCAUUGAAAAUUUUCAUCCAGUACCUGUGCCAGCGUCUUCUCAUGGAAAGUUUUUUACCGGGGACUCCUAUAUCAUUCUGAAGACAACUGCUCUAAAAAGUCGCGCCCUCUCGCAUGAUGUACACUAUUGGCUUGGUAAAGACACUAGUCAAGAUGAAGCUGGGACUGCAGCUAUCAAGACAAUUGAACUAGAUGCAGUUCUUAAAGGGAAGGCUGUUCAGUACCGUGAGGUGCAAGGACAUGAAACUGAAAAGUUUCUUUCUUAUUUUAAACCAUGUAUCAUACCUCAAAAAGGUGGAGUUGCAUCUGGAUUUAAACAUGCUGAAGCCGAAGAACAUAAAACACGUUUGUAUGCUUGUAAAGGGGAACAUGUUGUUCAUGUGAAUGAGGUUGAAUUUGUUCGAUCCUCACUGAAUCAUGACGACGUAUUUAUCCUUGACACAGAUUCCAAAAUUUUCCAGUUUAGUGGUUCUAAAUCAUCUAUUCAAGAGAGAGCUAAAGCUAUGGAAGUGGUCCAGUACAUCAAAGAUACUUAUCAUGAUGGAAAAUGUGAGAUAGCUGCCAUUGAGGAUGGUAAAUUGAUGGCUGAUGCUGAAAGUGGAGAGUUCUGGGGAUUAUUUGGUGGUUAUGCUCCACUGCCAAAGAGAACUGCUACCGAUGAUGCUCAAAGUAUUGAUGCUAUUCCUACCAGACUUUUCGGUGUGUCUGAAGGGCAUCCAAAACCAAUGGAUGCUGAAACUCUGACAAGGGAGUUGCUAGACUCUAAUAAAUGCUACCUUCUGGAUUGCGGGUUGGAAAUUUAUGCUUGGAUGGGGAAAAAUACUUCUCUUGAUCAAAGAAAAAGUGCAAGUCAAGCCGCAGAGGAAUUACUGCAAAGUGUAGAUCGACCAAAAACUCAUGUCAUUCGAGUAGUGGAGGGAUCUGAGACCGUUAUGUUCCGCUCUAAAUUUGAUUUAUGGCCUGAAGCACCUGCAGUAAAAGAACCGGAGGUUGGCAGGGGCAAGGUUGCUGCACUUCUCAGGCGCCAAGGUGUAAAUGUUAAGGGACUUAUGAAAGAAAGCCCUGCAAAGGAAGAAGCUCAGACACAGCCACAUAUUGAUUGCACCGGGAACUUGCAGGUGUGGCGUGUGGAUGGAGAAGGGAAGACUCUUCUAUCAGGUGAUGAUGAAUCAAGACUUUACAGUGGAGACUGCUAUAUCUUUCAAUAUUCAUAUUCUGCGGAAAGAGGAGAGGAACACAUGAUUGGGACAUGGUUUGGAAAGCAAUCCGUUCAGGUGGAUAGAAGUUCAGCGAUUUCACAAGCAAGUAAGAUGAUUGAGACAAUGAAGUACUUGCCCACACAGGCUUGCUAUUAUGAUGGAAAUGAACCUGUCGAGUUCUUUUCAAUAUUCCAGACCUUGAUGGUCUUUAAGGGAGGUCUUAGUGUUGGAUACAAGAAAUAUAUAGCAGAGAACGAACUUCCUGAUGAUACUCAUACAGCGGAAGGGAAAGCUCUGUUUCGGGUACAGGGCACUGGACCAGAAAACAUGCAAGCAAUUCAAGUUGAUAGAGUGGCAACAUCUUUAAACUCGUCUCACUGUUUCAUAUUACAUGAUGGCUCCUUAGUCUUCACUUGGUUUGGAAACUUUACAUCCUCUGGUGAUCAAGAUCUUCUUGACCGGCUGCUGGAUUGGAUAAAGCCAGAUAUGCAGGGGACCAGAGUACAGAAGGAAGGCUCAGAGUCGGAGCAAUUUUGGGACUUAUUAGGUAGAAAAACAGAAUACCCCAGCCAGAAGGUCAGAAGAGUUUCUGAAAGUGAUCCUCAUUUGUUCUCGUGCUCACUUUCAGCAGGUUAGAGGAAUUACCUAUAUUUACAAGUGACAGAGAUAUACAACUUUGACCAAGAUGAUCUAAUGACUGAAGAUAUAUUCAUCCUGGAUUGUCAUUCAGAUAUUUUUGUAUGGGUGGGGCAACAGAUCAGCUCAACAAAAAGAAAGGAUGCAUUAUUAAUUGCGGAGAAAUUUAUUGAACGCGAUUUUCUUCUUGAGAAAUUAUCACCUCAUACUCCUAUAUAUAUUGUAAUGGAAGGAAGUGAACCAACGCUUUUUACGCGCUUCUUCUCAAAAUGGGACUCCACAAAAUUUGCUAUGCAUGGAAACUCAUUCCAGAGAAAACUCGCCAUAGUUAGGGGAAGUCGUAGUUUGGAUAAACCCAAAAGGAGACCUGUAUUAGGAGGAAGGUCUACAGCUUCACCAGAAAAACCACAGCGUUCCAGGAGUGUAACUGUGGCAUCCUCCCGUGAUCGACCCCGUCAACGAGGCAGAUCUCCAGCAUUUAAUGCAUUAGCUGCAAAUUUUGAAAAACCAAGUGUUAGGAACCUGUCAACUCCUCCCCCGGCUGUAAAGAAGCUAUAUCCAAAACCUGGAACGUCUGAUUCUCCAAAAUUAAUUUCUAAAUCCAUGGCCAUAGCACAAUUAAAGUCACAAUUUGAGAAACCAGCCAAAACAAGUCUAAUUCCCCGUAUUCUAAAAGGGAACGACUUAAAGGCAACCUCCAAUGAUAAUUCAUUUAGCAGCAGAAUAGAAGCACUUACAAUACAGGAGGAUGUAAAAGAGGGUGAAGCUGAUGAUGAUGAAGGGCUCCCGACAUACCCUUAUGAACAGCUUACAAUACUCUCUAUGAAUCCUGUUACAGAAAUUGAUGUGACCAAACGAGAGUCUUAUCUUUCGCCCGAAGAGUUCAAUGACAAAUUUAAGAUGUCGAAGAGCGCCUUCUACAAAUUACCAAAAUGGAAACAGAACAAGCUAAAGAUGGCACUUCAACUAUUCUAAGUCUCUCGGUUCACCUUUGACUGCCAAUUUUUACAGCUUAGAUUGUCAAGGUGAACCCUGGUAUACUUGAUAGUAGCAGGAGCUUGUUCUUUUAUUCACCUCAAUGAAAUUAUUCCCAUAUAUUUACGACUUACAAUCCGUUCUAAUUGUCGCCAUAUCUAUUCUAAGCCUAAUCACAGUCAUUUUCCCACAUGAGAGGGGUGUCUAUCAAAUCAAAAAUUUAGCUAGUUUUUUCAGAUGUGUCUAUACUUCACAAGGACAAGGGCUAUGUUGGCUACUUGUGCAAUAGCUUUCGAUGUAUAUGUUGUGUUUAUUACAAAGGUGCCAACCUGAGCUUGCGUUGGACGAAGAACUCAUGGGAUUAGUCCUCAGAACACAGAAGAAGGAUUAGGGAGGAGAUAUUCAAAAAUAAUAGCACACGUAUGUUUAUUUUUUAAUUUAAAUAGGAACAGAACAAUUUUUCCAUAGAGUGCUGAUUGAAGAUACUAUAUCAGCAAGAAGCUCUGUUUUGAUCUCAUUAUCUCUGUAUAUUUUGGUGCCAGCUGAAGUUGAAGUAUAUUGUUAUCUGUAGUUUAA